CAGUGACUUUCACCAGGCGAGAGACAAACAACAAUGGACCAACUUACUACCAUCAGUCAGCUAGUGCUUUACAGCAGAGCACUGUAGAUUAGGAUGCUCAGUCCAACGCAUCGAGAUUGAGAAUAAGUGGCUGGCUACUAUUUUGCAUAUUUGGCCAUUCAUUUUUGCCAUUCAUUUUUGCGGGCCUGCCUGCCCUCCUCCAGGUGUGUCGGUCGAUAUGGUCGAUAUACAUAUAGCGGGACAGGAUGGGUAGGAUUAGCCCUCUAGGUAGGAUGAACUGGAUGGAGCGUAUCAGGGGUUAAAAGCGAGCCAACUGGAUGGAGCAAAAUCACUCGGACGUACGUGGAGUGCAUGGAUUGGAAGCCCAUCUCAACCCUCGUGCAUCUUCUCGCUGUGCCCAACCACGUCAACCACAUAGGCAUCCACUUGUUCGCGGCAUGCACCCAGGCUAGCCUGGAUUUAGCUGGCUGUCGGCCCACAUCAUCAUCAUCAUCGUCAUUAUCAUGAAAAGCCAGAGCGGCAUGAGUGGCAUGAGUGGCAUGAGCAGCCACACGAGCAACAGCAGCAACAACACAAACGAUAUUGCUCCUCGUGUGUCAGACCCAGAAACGCCCCAUUCAAAUGGUCCGAGUGCCCCCUCAAGGUUUCCAGUCACCAUUUCUGCCCCGGCGGUCAGGAUCUCAGGAUGCCAGGAUCCGACGACCUACUGACUGAUCAACUUGAACCCCAAUCAUAAUCAGUCCAUCCUAGUCAUCCGUUCAUCAUGGAUCCGUUCAUGGCUUCAUUGACGCGUUAGUCGUGGUGGUGGGUGGAGAGCCUGCAGGAGGACCGCCCUUGGAGCGUGUGUCCUAGUCACAAUGAGUAAACCCUUAAUUCCCAUGCGCGUGAACCGGCGGACUUCGCUCCCUCAGUUUCGGGGAGGGCCCACCCACCGUUGGCUGGAUUCUUGUCAACGGCUAGUCACGUUCUUCGCACUGAUCUCCAUCAUCUUUGGCAUGACCUAUUUGCCCUCGCUUUACAUGCGACAUCUGAAGCCCGUAGCUUUUGUCUGGCCGGCCAAUCAAACCCGGGACGCGUAUGAAAUGAUCUUGCCCAACGUGAGCACCAAUCUCGUGGCCAGUUUGUGUACUCCGACCUCCUCUUCCGGCCAAUCUUCGGCCAAGUCUUCCGCCGCCCCCGUACUGGUGGUGGUGAUCUGCUCGGCGGUUCGGAACUUCGAGGCUCGUCGAGCCAUCCGAACCACUUGGGCCCAAAAGGAUCUAGUUCCACCUGGUGUUCGCAUUGUGUUCCUAUUGGGUCGUGGGCAAAACUUCACGGGGCAAAACUCCGUCAUUCGAGAAGCCAAAGAGUUCGGCGAUAUCGUGCAGGAGAACUUCCUAGACUCCUAUGCCAAUUUGACCAUCAAGUCGCUCAUGAUGCUGAAGUGGUACACCCAAAACUGUGAUAAAGUGCCGUAUUUAUUAAAAACCGACGACGAUAUGUAUAUCAAUCUCAAAAAUCUUCACCAGAUCCUGUUAGCCAAUCAAAAACCCAACCUUCUCCUCGGCAAUCUGAUAUGCGGGGCAAAACCCAUCCGUGAUCCGUACAACAAGUGGUUUGCGCCCGAGUACUUGUAUGAUAGCGAGUAUUAUCCGAAUUACUUAUCCGGCACAGCCUACGUAUUAUCCAGGAGCACGGCCAAGAUAUUUCUCGAAGCGGCCGGAUCGGUGCCUUUAUUCCACAUGGAAGACAUCUACAUCACCGGCUGUCUGGCCCGCUUCGUGGGGAUCCGUCCGGAAGAUCACCGUGGAUUUUCUUAUGAAAAACGUGCCAUACUACCAUGUCUUUACUCUCAAGUGAUCUCGUCGCAUCAAGUGACACCGGCCGAGAUGAAACUUGUGGCCGCGAAACUUAGGCGACCUCUGCAAUGUCGGCCUCUCAAGCCUGCUCAACUUCGCAGUUUCGGCACAGGCAAAUGCAAAUGGAAACGGUGAAGGGAAGAUUACGUGGUGCAAGCCAGUCAAAUCGUCAUUUUUUCAGUGUCUCAAAUCGUUGGAAUGUCACAAAGUAGGAAAAUUCUAAAUGUUUGUACGACUCAUUAUCCGAGAUUACCUGGUGCAAGCCAGUCAAAUCAUGGCCCCAGGAACCUUAUUACCUAGGGAUACAGGCAACUUUCGCUGUCACAAAUGGGCUCAAAACCGGGGCCUACCUAGUCAACAGGUCAUAUCCAUAAUAUUAAUCUAAUGAUUGUCUUCGCUAAUCCCAAAUACAAACACGGAAAGCCUUUCACAAUAAAUGUAUUCAGGGAAAAA